AUGGCAACUGACAUUCAGCCUCGGGUCUGCAAACUGUCUAAGAAGGAAGGUGGAAGCUUUGGUUUCUACUUAAGGAUAGAGAAAGAUACUGAGGGGCACUUGAUCCGCUGUGUGAUGACAGGAGGUCCAGCUGACAACGUUGGACUGAGAGAUGGUGAUCGAAUCAUUAGGGUCAACGCGGUUUUCGUGGAUAAUGAGGAACAUCAACAGGUGGUAGAACUGAUUAAAAAGUCUGGGAAUUCUGUCUCCCUUUUGAUAUUGGAUGAUGCUUCUUACACACAUGCCAAGAAGCAAGGCAUUGACUUAGCUCAACUGAGCAGUCCCAACCCCGCCCCAGUCCAGCCGGUGAUGAAUGGAGUCAGUGGAAAAACACUACAGCCAAAACUGUGCUACCUGGUGAAACAAGCUUCAAGCUUUGGAUUUUCACUUCAGACCAUCCAAGGAGUCCCUGGUGUGUUCAUGGCUGAGAUCAUUCCCGCUGGUGCAGCCUUCAACGCCGGAGUUCAACUCAACGACCGAAUAGUUGAACUGAACGGGGAAAAUGUUGAAAACCUCACUCAUCAGCAAAUGGUGGCUAAGAUGAAAGAUUUGGGGAACAAUAUGACGUUACUGCUGAUUGACAGGGCCUCGGAUAACUACUUCAAAAGCAAAAUGAUUAAGGUUGAGGCAUCAAUGGCAAGUGUGAAAGGACUGCCUCACAAACCACGGAUUGUGCAGCUAACCAAAGGACCUCUAGGCUAUGGUUUCUGUUUGAGAGUCGAACAAGGCCGUGAGGGUCACUGCAUCAGGGAGAUUGACCCAAACAGUCCAGCAAGUAAAGCUGGGCUACUUGAUGGUGAUCUUCUGGUUGCUGUGAAUGGGAAUGUCGUAGAUCAUCUAGAUCAUGAAUCAUUAGUUGAUAAGAUAAGGAAAUGCGGGAACCAAACCACAUUCCUUGUUGUCGAUAGUCCAACUAAUGAGCUUUACAAGCAGGCUGGCAUUUCUCCAGUUUGUUACUGGGAAGAGGUUUAUGAACCGUGUCGACCAGUGGAAGUUGAGGAGCCCCGAGAGAGUCAGAGAUCAACAGACAGUCCUCAGUGUUGUCCCAAAGUGUGUCACCUCACAAAAGGUCCAGAUGGAUAUGGCUUCACUAUCAACGCUAUCAAGGGUGUGCAAGGACAGUUCAUUAAACAGGUUGUUAAAGGAAGCACAGCUGAAGAAGCAGGCCUGCAAGUGAAUGACAUACUAGUCGAGGUGAAUGGUGUCAAUGUGGAGGCAGAUACACAUGAAGAACUGGUGGAGAAAAUAAAGAGCAGUGGGAUCAAGCUGAGCAUGCUGGUGAUUGGAAAGGAAGACUAUGAUCACUUCAAAGCAACCAACACCCAAACCUCUCCAACAGAAAUCCCGGUGCCAAAGCCUGGACCAGUUAGUGCUCCCGAGAAUACCAAAGAGGAAAGCACACCUGAGGAGCCAGUAACUCAGGAGCCAGUAGCCGACAGUCCUACCCAGGAAAGGAGAGAGCGGGCCAAGUCAUCUUCCCCAUCGUCAGCUGAAGAGAGCACAGAUGAUGAUACACAAUUGUAA